GGCCGGAACGUCGUCUGCUUGGCAUUCUGGUUUCCUUAGAGACGCAGCCGUCUGGGCGGCAACCACAGCGGGGUCCCUGGAGAAGGGAAGAUGUCGUCGAAGGAAAAGGACAAAAAGAAAGGCAAGAGCAAAGGCAAAGACAAGAAGAAGGUAGUGAAACCAGAUGAAUCUGUGGUGGACAGAGCCAAGGCCAAUGCCUCCCUUUGGGAGGCCAGGUUGGAAGUCACAGAACUCUCCAGGAUUGAGUAUCGAGAUACCUCCCAGAGACUGGCAAAAAGUAACGAGGACUUAAAGAAACAGCAGUAUAAAAUGGAGAAAGAUACAAUGUCUGUAUUAAGCUACCUGAAGAAGCAGGAUCAGGAGAAAGAUAAUAUGAUUGAAAAACUGAAACAGCAAUUGAUUGAAACAAAGGAAAAAGCUCAAGAGGAGAAGGAAAAAUUGGAAGAAAAGUAUACUGUACAAAUAAAUGAGCUGGAGGGACAGUUCCAUCAAAAAGCCAAAGAAAUUAGCAUAAUUCGGACAGAACUGAAAACAAUAAAACAAUUCCAGAAGAGAAAAAUCCAAGUGGAGAAAGAAUUAGAUGAGCUGAAGGAGAAUUUAAGAAACACAGAGCGGAAACAUCAAGAGACUCUUAGAAGAUUGGAAAGCAGGUUCUUUGAAGAAAAGCACAGAUUAGAACAAGACGCUGAAAAGAAGAUAAUAAUGCUGGCUGAGAGAGCCCACCAUGAAGCUAUUGUGCAAUUGAACAAUGCUGGAAGAAAUGUUUUUAAAGAGAAUGUUUAUCUCCAGAAAGCUCUUGCAUACCAUCUGAAGGAAGCUGAUAAUUUACAAAAAAACUCCCAGAAGUUGCAAGAGACACAAACUUUCCUUUUACAUCAAAAGGAGAUCAAUGAUCUGUUGAUUAAGGAAAAGAUUAUGCAACUCACACAGCAGAAAUCACAAAUCCAAACUCUUCAGAAGAAGGUGAUAAGCUUGGAGACUGCCCUGAGUUGUAUGACCAGAGAGUUUGAGGCUGAAGUUUUAAAACUGCAGCAGCAGGCAAUAAUAGAGAAUCAAGCAGGUCAGGUUGAAAUUGACAAACUGCAGCAACUUCUUCAGAUGAAGGAUAAGGAAAUGAAUCGAGUCAAGAGGCUAGCCAAGAACAUAUUGGAUGAGAGAACAGAGGUGGAAAGAUUCUUUUUAGAUGCUCUACACCAAGUGAAGCAACAGAUCUUGUUUAGCAGGAAGCAGUAUAAGCAGAUAGCACAAACUGCUUUCAAUCUUAAAAUGAGAGCAGCAUGUGCAGGAAGAACAGAAUAUCCCAAAAUCCGCACAUUUGAUGGCAGAGAGCACAGCACCAAUAGUGUGAAUCAGGACCUUUUGGAGGCUGAGAAGUGGACAAAUAUUCAAGGAGAUGUGGAUAUUGGAGAUCUGACCUGGGAGCAGAAGGAGAAAGUCUUGAGAUUGCUCUUUGCAAAAAUGAAUGGUUUUGUUCCUAGGAAAUACAGCCAGAGUUCUAAGCCUCCAGUUCCAGACUACAUUGCUUCCAAUAAUGGAGAAACAAAGGAAUUUGGGGAUGAACAUAAGCUUCAAGAUCAUACCUUUAUCACCCAGCAAGUUCCAAUCUCAGAUGCUUCUGAUGAAUUGCUGCUAACGAGUAUUCAAAAAGGAUCACAAGAGUCUGACACAGCUUGCUUUGGAAAAACAUUCUCAGGAGAGAGAUGAAUGCAACAAAGAAACAUAGGGGACCUGCUGACAAGCACUGCUAAACUACAUAUGUCCUCACAGAAGCUGCUGGCAGGCUCUUCCUGGCAGAUCCUUCCUCCUGAAAAUGUUCAAGAAAGUUUCUUAGAAAGAGAGAAAAAAAUUAAACUGCAAGUUACCUGUUUGCCAUAGAAAUUGGUGUCUCCCCUGAAGGAAGAUCGUGAGCCAGUGAAUGAGAACAUUGGCAAAGGCACUGGAAUGGGAACAUUCACACCCACCUAAAGCAGAGCAAAUCCACAUCAAAUAGUAAGAAAAGGAUUCAAAUGAACUGUUGAUUUAGAAGCACAAAGCCAUCAGAGAAACCUUUUUUAAAUUCCACAUUUUGCCCCAUCUGCCAUCCCAUGAACUGUUAUUCCUGGGGAAGAAAAAUAGCAUUGCGAGUGAUCAGAGGGGCAAUGUUUAAACAAGCUGCACUGACCGAUCACUGUUUACUGUCUCCUCUCAGAGAGGAAACAGUAAAUUGCUGUAAGAGCCUCCUAAAAUUCUGUUCACAAACCUGUCCGACAUCCACUAGGUGUGAAUAUUUUCGAGCUGUGGCUCCAUUGGUGGUGAAGAUGGCAGUUCCAUUUCCAUAUGGGUUGUCAUUUACAAUCUUGAUGGCUUCAUCCAAUGUUUCUGUCUCCAGAACCACAAGAACUGGACCAAAAAUCUCUUCUUUGUAACAGGUCAUAUUUGGCUGCCAAGAGUGAUGCAUCCAGAAAAGAGAUCAGCUUUUUAGAUUCUGAGUAUUCUGUGCUUAUUUGGUGCUUUCAGUUACUACUCACCGUUUACAUGGAUGGCAUUCAUGUUAGCAAUCUCUUUUUAUAUUAAAUCACCUAUAAAAGAAGUCCUCUCUUAUUUCUGUGUUCCGUCUUCCAAGCUAUCAAUGAUAUAACAACCUGAAGUUCCUAUUAACCACAGCCACACUCCUUUUCUUCAGGUGCUGUACUCUUAGGUCCCAUGACCCAUCACUGGCUCUCUCUCUCAUGUUUUAUACAAUUGUUAUGUUACUGAAAAGUUACCUGGAAAUUCAUUUUUUAUAAAUCAAAU